AUGCUCUCGAGGAUCGGUAGACCCGCAGUCACGGCGGUGGGCCGGUGCUACACGUCGAUCUCCAACAACGCGACCUCAACGCUCUUGCAGAAAACACUCAUCCAGAACAAUAACAUGCUCUCAGGGUACGGCGCAAACACUAUCCGGUGUACCAUAUUCAACAUCGGCGGGGACAUGACCGCUCCCUCCUUGGAGAUGAAGCGGGAUGAGCUCGUCUCGAAGCACGGACUGCUACCGCGGGACCUUCGGAAGAUAGAGAAGUCGAAACACAACGAUCUCGUGCCCAGCCUCCUGGUGAGGAGAAACGGGAUCCUGCUAAGCCUCUUGGCACACAAGGCACUCAUAAAACCGGAUAUGGUACUCAUCUUUGAUUCCGUCGGCAGCAGCAUAUCUUUGAACUCCACCACACAGCAGAAUUUCAUCACGGACUUACAAAGGAGACUAAAGAACUGCGGUGAGAACGCACAGGUGCCGGACCCACUACCGUACGAGUUCAGGGUGCUGGAAGCUAUUUUCACCGACGCGCUGUCGAAUCUGACAAGCGAACUGAAGGUCUUGUUGGCGAUGUCCGAUGGGAUCCUGAAUGACUUGGAGUACAACAUCACAAGGGAUAAACUGAGGUUCCUGCUCAUUCAAAACAAGAAGUUAAGUGCGUUCUACAAGAAAUCGCUACUGGUGAGGGACAUGAUCGAUGACUUACUAGAACAAGAUGACGUCAUGUGCGACAUGUACCUCACGGACAAAGCCAACGGGAGGACACAUUUGGACGACGAUCACGACGAGGUGGAGAUGUUACUGGAAACGUAUCACAACUACAUCGAUGAAAUAGUGCAAAUGAGCGAAAAUGCCAUUUCAAACGUGAAAACAACCGAGGAAGUUAUCAACAUCAUCCUGGAUUCAAACAGAAACCAGUUGAUGCUUCUCGGGGUCCGUUUCAGUAUCGGAAUGCUGUCUCUGGGGGGGGCAAUCUUCGUAGGGUCUGUGUACGGUAUGAACUUGGAAAAUUUGAUAGAGGAGACGAACUACGGAUUCACUUCGGCGGUUGUCGUCGGUUGCAUAUCCACGGUUUGGCUCUACGUUGCCAGUAUCCGUAAGUUGCACAGACUCCAGAAAAUGACGCUACUGAACCCAAUGGACGUAGUAAGGAAGAAAAAAUAG